AUGGGCCUUGUUCCUAAUGUUCUUGAUCAGUUUACUCGCGUCGAUUGGGAAACUUCCAAAGGGUCGGUGAAACAUGACGUUUACAUGAUAACCACACCAAGGGUGCGAGAAGAAGCUCGACGCCACUUCAAUUGUUCUACCUUGGAGGGAGCUGAAGUGGAAAAUCAGGGCAUGCCCGGAACGCUUGGCAUACACUGGGAGAAACGUGUCUUUGAGCUGGUGAAAAGGUCAUCGGAUGAAGGAUACAUUCACAGCAUUGCCACGAUGGAAAACAAAGGACACGGUUGUUCCUUGGUCGCUAGUGAACCGCCAGCGACAAUAAAGAUGAUGAAGAUGAAGAUGAUGAGACGGAGCUGCUCAUGCAUGCAGCAUCGAGAUCUUUAA